UGCUUUCGUCAUUUCCGUCAGCACAGGUGCUGGAUUUCGGACUUUGUAGUUCAUGCCAACUUCUUUUUAGUCGCCAUUUUGAUAAGAAUACAGUGUGCCUGGAUCGACUGCUUUGACUCUGGCAUUAUGAUAUGGUAUCUGAAAUAAAUUAAAAGGAUAACGCGUCAAGCCAAUUGAGCGUCAAGUUUUUAUGUAUUUCAGUAUCUGCCUUGUUCCUACUGUCGGUGCUCGGGAAGAGGAAGUGACGUACAUCCGGUGUAAUGGCGGCGCGGUGCAGCUUUAGGUGAUGUUUGCAGACAGAAAAAGCAAACUGUCAAGGAAUUCAGAGCAUUGAGUACUUGUUCUUUGGACCAGUUUGAGGAGUCUUUGAUUUAUUGGACCAACUGGCAACAGAAAAUGAAAAGUAGUGUGGCACAGAUAAAACCUUCUUCUGGUCAUGACAGAAGGGAAAACCUUAAUUCAUAUCAGAAGAACUCCUCUCCAGAAGACAGAUAUGCAGAACAAGAAAGAUCCCCCCGGGAUAGAGAUUACUUUGAUUACAGCAGAUCAGACUAUGAGCAUUCAAGAAGAGGACAUUCUUAUGAUAGUAGCAUGGAGUCACGAAGCAGGGACCGAGAAAAACGCAGAGAAAGAGAAAGAGAGAUGGAUCGGAAAAGGUCCCGGAAAUCCCCAUCUCCUGGGAGGAGAAACCCAGAAACAUCAGUAACUCAGAGUUCCUCUGCUCAGGAUGAACCUACUACAAAGAAAAAGAAGGAUGAGCUGGAUCCUCUUCUUACUCGCACUGGUGGAGCAUAUAUUCCCCCUGCAAAGCUCAGGAUGAUGCAGGAACAGAUUACAGAUAAAAACAGCUUAGCAUACCAGAGGAUGAGUUGGGAGGCCCUAAAGAAGUCAAUUAAUGGUCUUAUCAACAAAGUCAACAUUUCCAACAUAAGUAUUAUUAUUCAAGAGCUUCUUCAAGAAAAUAUUGUUAGAGGAAGAGGACUGCUCUCCAGGUCUGUUUUGCAAGCACAGAGUGCUUCUCCAAUCUUCACCCAUGUUUAUGCAGCAUUAGUGGCAAUUAUCAACUCAAAAUUUCCACAAAUUGGAGAAUUAAUCCUCAAGAGGUUAAUUCUUAAUUUUCGAAAAGGCUAUCGAAGAAAUGAUAAGCAACUUUGCCUGACUGCUUCAAAAUUUGUGGCGCAUCUUAUUAACCAAAAUGUGGCACAUGAAGUUUUAUGCUUAGAGAUGCUCACUUUACUCCUGGAAAGACCAACAGAUGAUAGUGUUGAAGUAGCUAUUGGUUUUCUUAAGGAAUGUGGCCUCAAAUUAACACAAGUGUCACCAAGAGGAAUCAAUGCUAUAUUUGAACGCCUUCGAAACAUUCUUCAUGAGUCUGAAAUUGACAAAAGAGUUCAAUAUAUGAUUGAAGUGAUGUUUGCUGUACGGAAAGAUGGAUUCAAGGACCACCCCAUUAUCCUAGAAGGUCUUGAUUUGGUGGAAGAAGAUGAUCAAUUCACUCAUAUGCUCCCUCUGGAGGAUGACUAUAACCCAGAAGAUGUUCUUAAUGUUUUCAAGAUGGAUCCUAAUUUUAUGGAGAAUGAAGAGAAGUACAAAGCUAUUAAGAAAGAAAUUCUUGAUGAGGGAGACACUGACUCAAACACAGACCAAGAUGCUGGGAGUAGUGAAGAGGAUGAGGAAGAAGAAGAGGAAGAGGGAGAAGAAGAUGAAGAAGGACAAAAAGUGACUAUCCAUGACAAAACAGAAAUUAACCUGGUCUCAUUUCGUCGUACAAUUUAUCUUGCUAUUCAGUCAAGUUUAGAUUUUGAAGAAUGUGCUCACAAAUUGCUGAAAAUGGAGUUUCCUGAAAGCCAAACAAAAGAACUCUGCAACAUGAUACUUGAUUGCUGUGCCCAACAGAGGACAUAUGAAAAAUUUUUUGGCUUAUUAGCUGGGCGAUUUUGCAUGCUGAAGAAAGAGUACAUGGAAUCCUUUGAAAGUAUAUUCAAAGAACAGUAUGAUACCAUCCAUCGCCUGGAAACAAACAAAUUGAGAAAUGUUGCUAAGAUGUUUGCUCACCUUUUAUACACCGAUUCACUUCCAUGGAGUGUUCUUGAAUGUAUAAAACUGAGUGAAGAAACCACUACAUCAUCCAGUAGAAUUUUUGUCAAAAUAUUUUUCCAGGAACUGUGUGAAUACAUGGGUCUUCCUAAACUUAAUGCAAGAUUAAAGGAUGAAACUCUACAGCCAUUCUUUGAAGGAUUAUUACCCCGAGAUAAUCCAAGAAACACUCGGUUUGCCAUCAACUUCUUUACUUCUAUAGGUCUUGGAGGUUUAACGGAUGAACUGCGUGAACAUCUCAAAAAUACACCAAAAGUCAUCGUGGCACAGAAACCAGAUGUUGAGCAAAGUAAAUCCUCCCCAUCCUCUUCCUCUUCAGCGUCCGCCUCUUCAGAGUCUGACUCAUCCAACUCUGAUUCUGACAGCAGUGAUAGCAGUUCAGAGUCUUCCAGUGAAGAGAGCGACUCUUCAUCCAUCAGUAGUCAUAGCUCUGCCUCAGCUAAUGAUGUAAGAAAGAAGGGACAUGGAAAGACCAGAAGUAAAGAAGUAGAUAAAUUGAUCAGAAACCAGCAAACAAAUGAUAGGAAACAAAAAGAAAGAAGACAGGAACACAGGCACCAGGAAACAAGGACUGAGAGAGAAAGGUCAGAAAAACACAGAGAUCAAAAUUCAAGAGAUUCAAAUUGGAGAGAUCCUAUAACAAAGUACACAUCAGACAAAGAUGUUCCUUCUGAACGAAAUAACUACAAUAGAGUUGUGAAUGACAGAGACCAAGAAAUGCAUAUAGAUUUAGAAAAUAAGUAUGGUGAUCCCAAAAAGAAGAGAGGAGAGAGAAGAAAUUCUUUUUCUGAAAAUGAGAAGCAUAGAUACCGAAAUAAAGACAGUGAAAAUUUCAGAAGAAAAGAUAGAUCAAAGUCAAGGGAAAUGAAUAGAAAGCACUCAGACUCAAGAAGUGAUGAAGAUAGAUAUCAAAAUGGUGCCGAGAGACGAUGGGAAAAAUCUAGCAGAUACUCUGAACAAUCCAGAGAAUCAAAGAAAAAUCAGGACCGGCGAAGAGAAAAGUCUCCAACAAAACAAAAAUAAUUCUACAAAAUGACAUAAACUGGACAUGCCUUAUAUUCAGUUGAAACAAAUUAUUUUUUACUUUGAUUGACAAACUUUAUAGAGAAUUCUUGUAUAAAGUACUGGUUUGUAUUUGUAAAUUUAAAAAAUGUUUUCAUUUUAACAUGUUUUAUAAUUGAUACAUCUCAAGGCCCUAUACAUAAAAUUAUUUGAAAAGAUUCACUAGAAAGGGAUGUAAGUCUUGCUUAUAUUUUGUGAAUAAAAUGAUCAAAUGCUCAUUGAUUCAGUGAUGUUUUUUCAAUUGACAAAAUAUUUUUUUGAAUUGUUUAAGAAGCUGUUAUAGUGAAUUAUCAGUGCUUUUUUGUUUGUAACUGAAGACCAAAACAGGUGAACCUUUUCAGUUUAACAUUUUUGCUUUGUUAAUGAGAUGUUAUGAAUAUUUUUCAGGUGGUCACUUUUUUUUUCAAGUAGAGGAUUUAUUACAAUUUUCAUAUUAGGCUUUGAACAAAGUAUGUAAUGUGUAAUUUUUUUCACAAGUGUUGGUAAAGCUAGGUGUAUGUUAGUCUUUAAACCAAUACACAGUUUAUAAUUAGAACUUCUCCCACAGGAAAUUUCUUCUCUCUGGACUCCUUGAUAUCAUUUAAUUGAAAUUCUUUGUGAUUAGUGCAUUUUUCUCAGCCUUGAAGUUAUAUCACUGUUGAUGAAUUAAUGUGUAUUUAAUUUUUAGUUUAGAUUAAUAGAUCACUGGCAAACAUAUAGUUGUGAAAUAUGCAAGCAGCCUAACUGUAAUUUCUGGUUUUUAUACGAAUUUUAAGGGUUUCCAUCAUUGUAACUGUUAACCGAUUAAUUAAUAUGACAUUAGUUACUAUUUUUGAAAUAAAUAUUUCCUCUAAGAUCUUAGACUUGCUGACAAACAUUUGACCUUCCUUGCUAAAUAUAGACUUCUUUUGUUUGCUCACCUUAAAGGUGCAUAUAGUUCAUUUUAGCCAAUGUUUGGUUUCAGGAAUAGUGGGACCACCAUUUUAAUGUUUAGUUUUUGGGCAUAUGCUUAUUCAAAAUGUUUCCUAUUUUUGUUGUUUAACUUGAAUAUAAAUAACAAUAAAAUUCAUGUAAAUAAA